AUGGAUCUUAGCAAAACGUUAAUCAUUCCGGUUAUAUUUAAGGGUGGAAACUACUUGCUAUGGGCAAGAACUACGAAGACAGCGCUGUGUGGUCGUGGACUUUGGAAGCACAUUGAGAAGAAUGAAUCUACAAAGGAGAUAACGACUACACAAGAAGGAAAGGAGAUCGUGGCUUGUGAUAGUGAAAAAUGGUUCAAAGAGAAUCAAAGUGUGUUAGCUUUCAUCCAAAACUCCUUGGAUGCUCUGAUCCUUGAGUCGUACUCUUACUGCGAGACGGCUAAGGAUCUUUGGGAUACCUUGAAAAAUGUGUUUGGAAAUGUCUCAAACCUCAUCCGUGUAUUUGAGGUAAAGAGAGCCAUCAACAAUCUUAAUCAAGAAGAGAUCGAGUUCACCAAACACUUUGGGAAAUUCAGAUCACUUUGGGCAGAGUUAGAGAUGUUAAGACCUAACUCGGUGGAUCCAGUAGUCCUAAACAAACGUCGUGAGCAAGAUAAAGUGUUUGGCCUUCUCCUGACGUUGAACUCAUCAUACAAUGAUCUCAUCAAACAUAUCCUCCGUUCAGAUAAACUCCCAAGUCUCGACGAUGUGUGUAAUCAAAUUCAAAAAGAGCAUGGCUCGAUUGGUCUGUUUGGAGUUAAAGGAGAUCUUAUCACCGCCAACAAAGGAGAGGUUGCUGAUAAAUGCUGGAACCUUCAUCCUCACCUCCGACCAAGAAGUGUUAAUCCGAAAGCAAACCAAGCAUGUAGAUAUGGUGAAGGUCAAGCUCAGGUGACGACUCAAACCAUUGAUGGUAAUGGAGUAGCACUAGUAGAUUCCUCGGAUCUGGUGAGGAGAUCCGACCUUGAUGCUCGCAUCAAGGCUCUAAAAGAGUCUUCUGGUAACACUUAUCUUACUCUCAAUGCUAUGAAACCUCUUAUUGUGGAUUCUGGAGAUUCUCACCAUAUGAUUAGUGACUCUAAGCUAAUUAGUGAUAUCAAACCAACUUUAGGGAAUGUGAUUAUAGCAAAUGGAGAUAAGAUACCGAUUAAGGGAAUUGGAAAUUUAAACUUGUUUGAUAGAACCUCUAAAGCGUUUUAUAUGCCUAGUUUCACAUCGAAUUUGUUAUUAGUUAAGAAGGAUAUUGAAACAAGUAAAGUUCUUGGCAGAGGAAGCACUAAAGAUGAUCUUUAUGUACUUGAGGAUUCAAAUCUCACCACUGCUUUAUCUUCUUGCUUUAAGUCAAUAAUCGAUGAGACUAAUGGUUCAAUUUGGCAUGCUAGACUUGGUCAUCCAUAUUUUCGUGCAUUGCAACUAAAUUAUGUGACUAACCAAUUUAAUGCCAAGAGAAAGAUUUUGAGAUCAGAUAAUGGUGGGGAGUACACAAGUCAUAUGUUUAAACAACAUCUGGCCAAACAUGGGAUUGUACACCAAACAAGCUGCCCCUAUACGCCUCAACAAAAUGGUGUGGCUAAAAGGAACAACAAACACCUUAUGGAGGUUGCCCGGUCCAUGAUGUUUCACUCGAAUGUACCAAAGAAGUUCUGGGGAGAUGCAGUUGUAACUGCAUGCUAUCUGAUCAAUCGAACUCCAACAAAAAUACUGGGUGAUAUCUCUCCAUUUGUAGUGCUUAACAAGAUUAAACCAUCUAUUAAUCACUUACGUGUAUUUGGCUUUGUAUGUUAUGUCUUAAAACCAAGUGAGCAACGUGACAAACUCGACGCUAAGAGUGUCAAGAGCAUGUUUAUUGGAUAUUCGACUACACAAAAGGGGUAUAAAUGCUAUGAACUAGAAGCUAGGAGAGUCUUGGUUUCAAGGGAUGUAAAAUUCUUAGAAUCCAAGGGAUUCUAUGAUGAAAAGAAUUGGGAAGACUUGAAAAAUCUCUCUUGUUCUCAAUCCGACAGAGCAAAUAAUCUUUGA